AUGACUGCUCAAGGAGGUGAAGCUAAGGGUAAUUAUAAACUUGAUAAUCUUGAGUUAGAAUACGAGACCAUUGAGAAUGACGCCCUUGCAAGUGAAGUAUCAAGGAUGUAUUCAACAGGUCGCUCACUGUCCUACAAACAUGUUACACUUAUGCGUACAAGUAAUUGGGACAAAGAUCUUACCAUUGUUAAUGAAAACAUUAAUAUCCCCAGAAAGAGCAUGUCAGCAAUUGUCCUUCUAUUUACCAACAGGGUGAGAACUGAUUCUGAAGAAUAUAUUUACCCAAACAUUGAUAAAGUGAACCUGACCAUUGAAGGUGUGCCUAAUGCAGUUUUCUCCCAGGGACUUCCCAAAAAUAGGUUCUUCGAAGAGGCAAAAAGAUUCUUCUGCCCUAUGUGCGAGAAAUCAAUGGCUGACGAAUUUAUGUCCAUCAGUAAGUUCUUCAGCAACGGUUUUGCUCUAGUAAUCGAUCUUAGGUCAACACAAGAUGAUACCACUGGUGGAGGUAAGAAGAUUGUUAACACACAGUCGGGAGUACUCCUGGAAAUCAAAAAGAGAGCCACAGCAGCUGACGUUCAGUGCAACAUUUUUAUUGUAUCAGAUGCUCUCCUUAACUUUGCCAAUAGAGAUCUAUCAAGUAUUCAAUACUAA